UAGUUCACAGCUCUUCAGUUUGAGUAGAUGCCUAAGUGCCCUGCAGACUUUCGGAUCCAAACUUUUCGUAUCUUUUCUCAAAGAAAUCAAAGGCACAAUGGGACAAGAAGAGAGCCACAGUGAGGAGAUGGAUUUGGCACAAAUUCAUGAUUUGUGCAUCAUUUUCAUGAAGGAGUGUCCGAGCGGUGCGUUGCAUUUACAUGAGUUCAAGAGGAUCUUCAGGGUGGCGAGCAGCUCUACAGAGGAGUCCCUCUACAUCGAGACAGUAUUCCACUCAUUUGACACAAAUAAGAAUAACACACUUGAUUUCGUCGAGUAUGUAGCAGCACUUCACUUGAUCUUACGGGGGAAUCUUGAAGAUAGGCUCAAGUGGUCCUUCAAGAUGUACGACAAGGACGGGAACGGCAAGUUGGACAGGCAGGAGGUGAAACGGAUCAUCAGGCUCAUUUACAAAAUCAAGCUCCAGACGACUGAAGUCAACAUGACGCCGUCUGAAAUCUGUGACAGGAUCUUUGAGCUGGUUGACCAGAACAAUGACGGUCAGAUAACCUUGUCUGAGUUCAUGGAGGGAGCUCAGAAGGACGAAUGGGUCAUGAACUUGUUGAAGUUGGACGUUAACGCCAGCGGCUGGGUCCUCCAGAACUGUGGUAAAUUACCCUGAUCUCCCACAGUUUUCUUUUUUUUUUGAGGCUGACACAGAGGUGUCCAUGUCUUCGGUCUCCAUGUUGAGUUUCCUGUGACUCGGAGAUGGAGCUCAGCGCACUUCUUCAAGGCUGCAGAUCUGCCGUGAUUUACACUGCUGGUCCAAAGGCCAAGUGUUCGCUGUGUGUCUGUGGUUUGGCCUUGAGCUGAUGUUUCUAACUAAGGAAACGAUGCUCAGAGAAAGUCUGCUGUUAAAUGCAGUACAGUCAAUUAUUGUGUAUUUAUUAUCACAUGAGGAUGCCGACGGCAGCCAUAACAGUAUUCAUCAUUAUUCCAUGUGUUUAUAUUGUAUGUUUGAUAGAAGAGUUAUGAAUAUAUAGAAAUGUAUUGGUGGUAAACUUGUCUCUGCAGAGAGGUGGUAGAAAUAACAUUAUUUUGUACUAGGAAACAGACUUUUCAUAACUAAAACAGUAUUAACUGAACUGUGUUCAUGCUCUGAUACUUUUUUGCUAAAGUUCUAUCAAACAUAUCUUUUUUAUUACAAAUAUAAAUGAUCUUUCAGGUAUUUCAUGGUGUCAAACUAAAUUGCAACUUCUUACCUUUUUAACGGAAUAUCGAUUAAACCAUUUACUUAAUCUUUGUCUUUACAAGAGACGGAAAAGGAAGCUAAUACCGGUGAAUUAGCUGUGUGCUCCCCUUUGCCAUACUCGGACACAUCUAUCUCCCUGCUGUAAAUGACAUGUAAAUGUCCAUUUCCAUGUAUGAAAAUUCGGAACACAAACACAGUUACGUUAAUUGUUUUGGGUCACUUGGGGGCAGCGAAACAAUCUAAAACCAUAAACAGUAUAUUAAUAAUAAUUGUUUGUUUAAAGCUCCAUUGUGUAAUUUUUGGAGUUGAUUCUUAGCAAAAAAACCUUUGUUCUUUCACAAAUAUGUGCUCAUUCAUGUGUAAUUACUUCAACCAACUAAUGAAAGUAUUCUCGUACGCGUAGAAUCUGAAUGGUGGCAGCCAUGUAGUGUCUCCAUCUUGAAAAUACAUUAGCCAAAGAGGGACGUACCUCCACCUUUCACGCUUUUACACUCAGUGGCACCGUGACGAAUGCCAGCCGGGAGAUUACUCACAACUGCCGGCAGAUUUGAAAGUCUGUUGAAGAUGGAGGAUCAUGCCUACUCUCGAGGACAUGUAACGUGGUCGCCAAGGAAGUUAAAAAGAGAAUUAAAACGACAACGCGACAGGCAAACCAACAAGACUAAAUGUAAUAUUGGAAUGGAAGGAACACUCACGGACAAAGUCGUACUUCUUGGAAUAAUACGGCCACCGUAGGAGUUAAAAUGUGCUCGGAAUGGGAAGGGCUA